AUGUGUUAUAUGCUUGGAAGUAGUCGUCGUGGUUAUCUGGUUCAACAAGCUGAGGAUAUUGAAAAACCUGUUACAUUUCGAAAUCAAACUGGUCAAAAUCUUCAAGCAAUAUCUAUGCCUGGUGUUUCAAUAAGUAAACAACCUCUUAUAGUUUCAUCUCAAACAAAUCAAAAUUUCUUUCAUUUAUGUUUAUUUUAUAACCCCAAUAAAAAUUUGUCACUAACAGUUAUUAUUCUUCCUACAAUUUCAUCAUUUAAUAUGCAAUCAAAAUCUUCUACAAAUAUAACAACAACGAUAACAAUGCAACCAUCAACAGAUAAUACACAAAUAUCUGCUACAACAUUUCCAACAUCAACUUUCAAUGAAUCUACUUUACAAACACAUUAUAAUACAACAUCUGUUCAAGCUUAUUCAAAAACAAACGUCCAUGAUCAGAGUAAAACUAAAUCAUAUGAACAUGAUUCACUUACUAAUAAACGAACAAAAUGCCAUCCAAUGGUUCAAGAUACAAUUAUAACAAUACCAAAUGUAACAACAACAAUGAUAAAAAAUUAA